AUGAAAUGUGCUGAGUUCGAAGACAAGGCAGCGCACGCUGACAAGCUCGCCAAAUCUAUGCAAGCCCUACAGAAUACCACCGAUCAUCUUGAGAGCCGUCUUGAAAUUGCCAACACAAAGCGACUAGACGCAGAAGAACAGCUCUCGAACUUGAGAAAUGAUAAAUCACCCUUCGACCUUUCUACUUCAAAGUCUCAAGCACCAUCAAGCGAUAAUCGAGCAGCAUUUGAUGCUCGUAUAAGUACGAGCACAGUUUUCUCCGGUGCUUCACCAAUCAGUCCAGAACUCGGUUCUCAUGAGAUUGCAACGCUAGGUGCGUUCGUCGCGCACGUCGAGCGCCUGCAAGACCAAGUGAGGGAGAAAGAUGCCCACAUUGAGAAUCUGGAGAACGAGAGAGAGCAACUACGACGAACGCACAGUCGGCUUGAACGGGAUCACAACAAAAUUGCCAUUCAUUCGGAUAUACAGGAUGGUCUUUUACAAGAAGCACGCCGAACAGAUACACACAUGGAACAACUUCGAGCUGCGCUCCUGAACCGCGAAUGCAUAAUCGAAGAGAAGGAAAAGGAUAUUCGUGCAGUGGAGAAACAACUGGAGCAUCACAAACUCUUGUUGCAAGCGGAAAUAAGGCGGCAUGCGGCAAUGAAGCUCCACGUGGCCAUAGAGGAGGAAGACUUGUGGCCUGAGCUCACCUCACUUGCCAGACGAGAGGAUAUUGAUAGGUGGAUGAACAGACUCCAUGAGCGCCUGAGAAGAGAGCAGUCUAGCAAGAAUGGAAAGGCUCUUGCUAACACCCAGGACGUGCAAAUGGAAAGUUUACGAAACGAGAUCGACUUCUAUGUCCGGGAGAUCAUUCUCUUCAAGCUUGACAUCAAAGGCUAUAAAAGCGACAUUCGGAAGUUGAAGAAGAUCACUGCGCAGAUGGAAACUUACGGCAGGACGAGUGAUUUGGAAUCUGAGGCGUGUUCCCUCAGACCAACAGCUACACCUGUUCACUCACAGUUCGCGCCGCCAACGCCAGAGCUCUCCGAUACCGCCUCGCCUAUCAUAGACGACAAUCGUACUAGGGCCAAUACAGACGCCGCCAGGGAACGUUCCAUCAGCUCCCUCACGCAGUCUGGGCUAAGUAGCUAUCGCCUUGAGGAACCCCCGCGAGCUCGACAUACCGGCGGCUAG